GGCUAGAUAUACGGACCAGCGCCGCUGCACCAGCAUCCGCGCGCCCGACCGGUCGAUUCUCCAUAACCAGCAUGUCCAAGCUCGCCGUUGACUCGGGCGACGUCUUCCUCCGGGCCUUCGACGCCGCUUCGCCCAUCAAUUACAGAGACAACAUCAUCGCCAGGUUCGCCCGAUCGCCCAUCCGCCAUGAGCGUCCUGCCUCAGGCGACCACGAUCGAGACGAGCGCUUCUCUUCCAUGUAUCACUCCCCUAUCUGGCUUUAUCGGUACACCGAUGAUCUGCUGGAAGUCCGGGCAAUCCGCCAUUGCGAGAAGAGGGCUCUCGCGCUGUUCAACCUGAAGCACAUCGGUCAAGUCGUCCAGCUCCCGCAGAGCGAGCAAGAUCAACUCAAGAUCUACUUUGCUAUCCAUGUGGAGGUGGCCGAGACAUCCUACAUUCUGGCCGUGCUUGCUCCAAAGACGUCCCACUUGGACUGCCACAUCGUUCUGCUCGAUCCCCGGACUCUGGGCUGCACCUCGCUCGGUAGCUACCCCAUCUCGGUGGCCGACUGUGAUUUUAACAUCGUAUCUGCCGAUCGCUCGAGUCCUGCAGCGCCAAAUGGCUGCCUGAUCGUGUGGUCAAAGCACGGCGAUAUUACCACAUUCAUCCUCCCAACCGAUGCAGCCCCAGGAUCCAUGCCAUUUUCGGCAUUCAACUAUGAAAUGCAGGACAUCACGUCUAUGGCGGGGCAGGUCAUCGAAAACCAACUGUACCUGUUUGCUGGCCACGUUGAUGGGCUCAUCACCACACUCAUCAACAACAGCCUCGCCUCGCUGGAGAACAGCGACUUUUCAUCGACCGAUGGACCCAGAGGACGGCAUCAAGUGAACCAGUUGGUCUCCCACUACUGCUCCCGACGCAGAUACUGCUUGUUGGCCGUGAUGUCGAACGACACUCUGGACGGCCGGGCGCAUAUAUCCGUAUACAAGUACUCAACAAGCAACCGAGUCUUUUCAUCCUACGGCGACUCGAAAAUCAAUGGCUGGAUUGAUGCCCUAACUCUGUCUUCGGACCAAUCCGAGCGGCUGCGGGUGUACUAUGCAGCAUCCAAAGGUGCUCCCGGGGUGGCGUCGUGGGACGAUCGAUCGGGUGAGGGGCUCCAGUUUGUCGGCAGCUUUGACCCCCAGAAUCGAGACUCACACACCACCAAGACCUUGCCCAAACGGGACAAAGUGUUGGAUCUCUCACCCAUCAACAACUCGAGCGAGUGCACCGUCCUGACCUGCAACGGCAUCAUCAAGUUUUCGACGUUUGAUAGCAAGAACACCAUCCCAUCCACGCACCUGAUUCCCAAGUUUGAGACCUGGUUCAGUUCGUCCCUGUCGAUCGAGCCUCUCGAGAGUGAAGUCGACGAGCACCGCGCCAGAAAUGGCGUCCUUUUCAUCGAGAAGCUGCUUGCCAUUCACAACAUUGACCUCGACCAAAUCAACUACCCGGCUAAAGAUCGUCAGCAGCUGCACGACCUUUUCACGGCAAUCGUGGGCACGGGAUUCGACCAGGUUCUCGGUGCUCAUGCCAGCGCUGCUGCUGCCAACGACACUGCCGAUUCCUACGAUGACACUGUCCAGCGAGAUUGUUUGAUCUACUAUCUCUUGAAGGACCACUGCCAGGGAAGGGGGCUCAGCAAGGACAAGGAGUUUGCGGAGGUAUUCCUCCUGCCCCAGCACUUUCAACGCUGCAUCGACGGGUUCUGGUACCUUGACCGCUGUGAAUACGAGCUUGCAGUGAACCAGCUAGUGCAUCCGUCAUUGAACGUGGAAUGGUCCAACGAGAUCCUCGAGAUCCUCUACCGAAACGCCCCGGAGCUCGCUUUCCAGUUUCUACAAGGCGUGCGGCCGCCGAUUGUCGACGAACGGGAUCUCGACAUUCAAAUGCCAAUCUAUCUCGACCAUAGUCUUUCGCAAGCCUUCGAGUUCCAGCGACAGUACCAAGCCAUGACAUCCGAGCUGCGUUUGUUCAAGCGUCUGCUGGAGUUUGUCUUUGACCCGAAACUUCCUACAAAGGCUCAAGCUCUCCGGGAACUUUUGAAGCUGCCGCUCUCCGAGUCGGAAGAGGCGCUUCUGGUGGACUUUUGCCACGCCUCUGAUGUCCCACUCACAAAGGACUUUAUCAUCAUGUACUUUGUGGACCGCGGUCGAUAUCCGGAGGCCAUAGCCUUCAAUGCAAGCCUCGGUGUCUCUGUGGCCACCGUCGGGGCCUACUCGAGCGAUCCAGCGAUCCAGCAGUCCAUCAAACGCCGAGAUAACUUGAUCUCGCAGCUUGAGAGGCUGCUGGUGCCUGUUCACAAACGCGGAUUGAAGUUGGAAGUCUCGCCUGUGGUUGCCCCCAAUUUCAACUGCCGGGUGCCUCUCUCUACCAUACUCAUGCCAAGCAGCCCGAUCCGCACCGCCGAUGCCAGCGUCAGCGUCAAGGCAGCUUCUCCCGCCGCAGCAGACAUGGCCGCUGAACCACCAUCGAACAAAGCUGAGGAUAUUUUGCUGAUGGCCCUUAUGGCAGCGCCUCCCACAGAUGUUCUACGCGACAGCCUUCUGUUCGGCGCUUCGAGCGAUACUGCCGCGCCAGCGUCAUCCUCGCCCACUGCUUUCCAGACCGAUGCCAGUGCCGAUGAGAUGUUGGUGGACGAUGCCGAGCCCGGUACCCCCAUCACCCGCCUGAUUUCGGAGGCGCCGAGCACACCCAAGCCUGCAACUCCGAAGCAGCCAACCCCCAAGCCAGCAACGCCCACAUUUGCGACCCCCAAGCCCACUGCGGCUCUGGAGACGGCUGCUUCUCGCUCGUCCCCGGCCCCUUCGCUCUCGCCCGCUGCCGCCAAGCCUGCUAGCCCGUUCACGACACCUUUGCGUACUCCAAAGAAAGACUGGCGGGAGCGCAUCAUAGAAUCGUCGUCGUUCGGAGCUCUGCCCAAGUUUAUUCCGCUCCAAGCUGGGUCGCCGUUGGGUCACUCUGAGGGCUUUGGCGGCGAGUAUGCUCGCGAAGUUCCCGGCGACCAUCCUGGCCCACGCACGCCAACACAGCCGGACUACGAUCGCCGCGGCUCGCUUACUCCAAAGGCACGGCCUGCAGAUGUCUCACAGGUCCAGUUUGGUACGCCCGAGCGCUCGCAGCAGAGAGCUGGAGUGGCCAAGGAAAGCACGAUUGUCUCGCCAGUGCUCAAGUCUCCUGUAGUUGUGAGCCAGGACAAGCGUGAACUCCCCACGCUUGUGUCAAGAUCGCCGUUCUCUCCCCGAAAGGAAGCAGGUUCUGCCCCACCUGCGAUGGAAAUUCGCACAGUGCCCCGCCGCAAGACCGGCGCUCGCAGCGCCUUGUCCAAGGUCCAGGCCGAGGCCGUCGAGACUGUCCGUCACAGUCCCCGCCUGCGCCAGCGCACAAUGCAGAACCCCAAGGUCGCUGCGCAGACGACCGACAUGGAUAUUGACAUGGAGGAGCAUCAGGCAAGGGCGCCUCCAACACAAACUGCGGGCUUUGGUGACGAGCUAGCUUCCCAGACAGGGCAUGGUCGUCUCAGACAGCACGCUCGGAGAACAACAGGGCCGUUCGGUCUCCUCGAUGACGACGACAACGACGAAGCGAUUGAUACUGCUCAAGCAGAGGCCGAGCCUGAGCCCGAAAUGGCCACGGCCACUCCGCUUCGCCGGGCCCGAGCCCGCAAGCCCGAGCCGUCUAAAAUCAAUGCAGAAGCCGAGACCAGUUCGGCUGCCGGUCAGCGCCAGCUGCGUGGCCGUGGGUCUGCAGAAGGUACACCAUCGGGCCGCUCGCUCCGAUCGACCACCACACGAGCCAAGCCUGUCCCGAUCGAGCGCCCUGAAACACCCUCGACACCAAGGCUGAGAAAGACCCGAGGUGCUACUGCUACCACUGUGUUCGAGCAACUCGGACGACCCAGCCGGCAGGAACACCUGCCGCUGAAACUCCGCGAGCACAACCGCGACGGGCGACAAAGCGCGAAUAAUCGAUAGCAUGCCCGACUCGAGACGGAUGAGCGUAUCGUCAUGCGUAACGCCAGGGAAGUUAUUUCCCACGACGCCCUCCAUGCACCUGAAAUGAACAAUAAAUUGGGGGGGGGCACCUGGAUUCUGGAGAUCCUAGACCCGAGUGGUGCACAUUGAUGGUCCUCUCGCUGGUUCAUCGCCGCCGGUUUGGAAUUAUCGCCCGUCGAUGGCAAGCUCGUCAGCGGAUAUGUCUGUGAGCAAAUUCGGAAUACUGCCCGGUGUUCAAAGGGGAAAGUGAGGAUUGAUUCGUGUUUUCCGUGGAAACGAGCUUCACAACAACGCUGUCGCCUUCUUUGAUAGAACCUCAAGGGCCUAUAUCCCCAUUCGCUCAACGCACGAGCCCCCCCCCCCGCAUCAAUUUCGAUGCAACUUGCUCAGUUUGCAUGUCCGGUGGUAAUCUCGAAAAUGUAUUAGGUUGGC